AUGGGGAUGACAUUCAACAUUAGCCAGUUCACACCAGAGACCUUCCUCCUCACAGGCCUCCCUGGGCUGGAGGCUAUCUACCCUUGGCUCGCCAUCCCCUUUUGCUCCAUGUACCUCGUGGCCCUUGUUGGCAAUAGCCUGAUCCUACUAGUGAUCCAUGGCAGUCCUCCUCUUCACCAACCCAUGUACUUGUUCCUGGCUAUGUUAGCUUUCUCUGAGCUUGGGGUCUCAGCCUCCACUCUACCUACUGUGAUAAGCAUCUUUCUCUUUAACUCCAAUGAGAUCAAUUUUGAUGCCUGCUUGUUCCAGAUGUUCUCCAUCCACUCCUUCUCCAUCAUGGAGUCAGCUGUCUUGCUGGCCAUGUCUGUGGAUCGUUUCAUAACCAUCUACAGCCCACUGCGCUAUACAACCAUCUUAACUCUGCCCCGCAUUGCCCGCACAGGCAUCGCUAUUGGGUUAAAGAGUGUGGUGAUCAUGUUUCCACUGCCAUUCCUCCUGAGGCGCCUGCCCUUCUGUGGUCACAACACCCUCUCCCACUCUUACUGCCUUCAUUCAGACCUGAUUCAGCUACCCUGCGGGAACACACGUCCCAAUAGCAUUCUGGGGCUGUGUAUUGUCACCUCCACCUUUGGAUUGGACUCCUUGCUCAUCGUCAUCUCCUAUGGGCUGAUCCUCCAUACAGUGCUAGGCAUUGCCUCUGGGGAAGGUAGGCGGAAGGCUCUCAACACAUGUGUGUCACACAUCUGUGCUGUGCUUGUAUACUAUGUGCCUAUGAUUGGAGUGGCCAUGGUGCAUCGAUUUGUGAAACAUGCUGCUCCUGCUGUCCGCCUCCUCCUAGCCAAUGUCUAUCUCCUAGUGCCCCCUGUGGUCAACCCAGUUGUCUAUAGCAUUAAGACCAAGCAGAUCCGUCAUGGAUUGGUCCAGAUGCUCUUCCAAAAAAAAGUCACUGAUAGAAGGUAUUAG